AUGUCGACCAACGGACAAUCCUUUCUCCUCGACCCUGAAAAGAAAGCCGGUCCUAUGCGAUAUAGCCAUGCAAGAGUCGUCCAACCAAAUAUCCAUCACACAAUCUACAUCUCAGGCAUCGCCGCCGUCACACCAGACGGCGAAUACGAAGGUGUAACCGAAAACCCUGACGGGACAUAUGAACUCGACAUCCGCGCACAAACUGCUGCAGUCCUACGACGAAUUGAAAGUAUCAUCAAGGGUGCAUCCGAUGGGAAAGCCAAUCUUUACAAUAUUGUGGAUGCGACUGUUUAUAUUCUGGAUAUGAAGUCGCAGUAUGCGGGCAUGAAUGAGGAGUGGAAUAAGAUCUGGCAUGAUCGUGCCAGUGCGCCUUCGAGGGCGACGAUUGGGGUGAGAGAGUUGCCGGACCCGAGAUUUUUGGUGGAAAUUAAAGCUACUGCGAUCCUCAUCACAGCAAUAGCAAAGAUGUCCCUCGAUACUAAUACCAAGAUCGAAUACUUCACCUUGAAUGACUUCGAAUUCCAAGAUGGAACCAUCCUCCCACAAGUCCAACAGGCAUAUCGCGAAUUCAACCCAACAAAAACGAAAAUCGCUCUUAUCCCUACCUGCUUCCGGGGCCGCAUCAACGCAACUCUCAACUUCGCUAACGGUGCGUUGCGAGAUUAUCGAGUAAUUGUGGUGGCUCUAUUCGGCAAUGGCGAAUCAUCGAGCCCCUCAAAUACACACAAUUUUCCGCAAACCCUAGAUUAUCGGGACUGUGUUCGCGCGCAGUAUAGACUCAUAACCGAGCAUCUACGUCUUGGAAAGAUUGAUGUCAUGGCUGGAUUCUCAAUGGGUGGCCAAUGUACUUAUCAUUGGGCAGCUACGUAUCCAAGCAUGAUCCUCAAUGCCGUUAUCAUCUGUUCCUCGGCGAAAACAAGUCUACACAACUAUCAGUUUUUGGAAGGUCCCAAAGCCGCUUUGGAGAGUUCUAUUGAUUAUAUUGAUGGAAAAUUUCGGAUCAACAGAGAAUCUUUCCCGCUACGUGGACUGCAUGCAUUUGGUCGUGCAUAUUCUGCUUGGUUGACCAGCGCCCAAUGGUUUGAGCAACGUGUUUUUGAGAAGCAGGGAUAUAAAUCACUGGAUGAUUGGGCUGCUGUCGUUGCCGCGAAGAAUUAUAACGAUUGGUAUCCGGAUGACUUAUUGGUGAUGCUGGGAAUGUGGCAACGAUCCGAUAUUAGUGUCUCUAUGAGCUCCUCAAGGCCCAAUGGGGAUGUGCUUUCGGUUUCGGAAGCUCUGGGCCAACUGAGCGCGAGAUGCCUUCUUAUGCCGUGUCAGACUGAUCAGUACUUUACGUGGCAGGUCAGUGAAAAAGAGGCUAAAUAUAUCAAACACGCAGAGUUGGCCAUCAUUCCUUCGAUUUGGGGCCAUUUGGCUGGGAGUGGUGCUAGUCAGGAGGAUAACCAUUGGAUGGAUAGUAGAAUUGCUCUCUUUCUAAGCCAAUCAAAGUGA